AAUUGAAAUAUUGUUUCUAGGUUUCUGUGAAAGCCAUCUUUCCCUCUUUGAGCCUGUGUCUCUAUCUAUGGGAGUUUUUGAGUUUACGAGAAAGUUCAAGGGACUCUGCAGUAUCGAAACCAGAUUCAAUGCGGAUCAAUUUAGGUAUAUGCAAGGAAGAGGCUUAUCAGACUUGAAGAACAUCAAUGGCCAGGAUGAGAUCCUGCCAGUUCUGAUCGUUGGUGCAGGACCAGUUGGGCUCGUUCUCUCUAUACUUCUCACCAAAUUAGGCGUUAAGUGUGCAGUUUUGGAGAGGAGCAGGACAUUUCCAAGACAUCCACAGGCACACUUCAUCAACAACCGAUCUAUGGAGAUCUUCCGCAAAUUGGAUGGCCUCACAAAGGAGAUCCAGAGGUCCCAACCACCAGUAGAUUUUUGGAGAAAGUUUGUAUACUGUAUAUCUCUCACUGGUCCUCUUCUUGGGGUUGUCAGCCCAAUCUCUGUUGCACACUUCUCACAGUACAAACUGACCAACUUACUACUUAAGCAGCUCGAAAACCUUAGCUUCCAUGUUGGUACUUGUGAAGGGCUCAAAAGUCUUAAUCAAGGGCCACUCAAGGAAAGGGAGAUAUUAAUGGGACAUGAGUGUGUAUCAAUUGGUGCCACUGACCGCUGCAUUACUGUAACUGCAUCCUUCCUCAAGGACGGGGUUUAUAUGGAGAAUGAUAUCCAGUGUAGUUUCCUAGUUGGGACAGAUGGUGCAGGAAGUACUGUGAGGAAGCUUGUAGGAAUAGAUAUGAGAGGCGAAAAGGACUUGCAGAAUCUUGUUAGUGUCCAUUUCUCAAGCCAAGACCUUGGACAGUACUUGCUCAGUGAAAGACCUGGCAUGCUAUUUUUUAUUUUUAAUACUGAAGGUAUAGGGGUUCUUGUUGCUCAUGAUCUGAAGCAAGGGGAAUUUGUAUUGCAGGUACCAUUUUAUCCACCUCAGCAGAAGCUUGAGGAUUUCAGCUACAAGAUGUGUGAAAGGUUAAUCAUCAAAUUGGUUGGCCAAGAGCUUGCAGACAUAGAUGUGAUAGAUAUAAAGCCAUGGGUGAUGCAUGCUGAAGUUUCUGAGAGAUUUGUAUCUUGUGACAACCGAAUAAUAUUAGCUGGUGAUGCUGCUCAUCGUUUUCCUCCAGCUGGUGGUUUUGGAAUGAAUACUGGCAUUCAGGAUGCUCAUAAUCUUGCCUGGAAAUUAGCCUCUGUUAUCAAGGGUACUGCUCCAUUGUCACUUGUUGCCACUUAUGAAAUGGAACGUAGGCCGAUUGCAAUUUUCAAUACUGAACUCAGUGUCCAAAAUUUUAGAGCAGCAAUGGAAGUUCCUGCUGUCCUUGGUCUUGAUCCAACUAUUGCAAAUUCAGUGCAUCGAGUUAUCAAUAAUACGUUUGGUUCCAUAUUACCGUCUGGACUACAGAGGGUGAUUCUGGAUGGGCUUUUCACUAUAGGUCGAGCACAGCUUUCAGAUUUUGUCUUGAAUGAGAACAAUCCAUUUGGUUCUUUGAGACUUGCUAAACUAAGGAGAAUCUUUGAAGAAGGAAAGAGCCUUCAACUCCAAUUUCCUGCUGAAGAUCUAGGUUUCAGGUACCUUAAGGGAGCAAUUGUACCAGAUGAUGAUAGUGUGUUGGAAGCACCAGAAGCCCCUACUGGUCGUAGGCGGGACUAUGUUCCCUCUGCAGAUCCAGGCUCAAGGCUGCCUCAUAUGAAUGUAAGGUUGUUAGCAAAACUAUCAAGUGAGGAAACGUUUUCCACAUUGGAUCUCGUAGCAGUGGAUAAAGUUGAGUUUCUUCUUAUUAUUGCACCAGUGGAGUCAUCCUACCGCCUAGCUCAUGUUACAUUCAAGAUAGCAGAGGAAUUCAAUUCUUCCGUAAAGGUGUGUGUGGUGUGGCCAGAUGGUACUGUUGAUGGAGCUGCAAGAAGUAAGGAAGCAUUUGACCCUUGGGAAAAUUACAUAGACGUUGUGGAAGUGAGGCGGUCAACAACUUCAUUGUCAUGGUGGGAUAUCUGCCAGAUGACACACAGAGGAGCCAUUCUAGUUAGGCCCGACGAGCACAUUGCUUGGCAUGUGAAGUCAGUAGUGGUUGGAGAUCCUACUUUGGAGAUGAAAAGGGUUUUCUCUUCCGUUUUAGGAGUCCAAUCCACCGGCCUACAGUAA